GGAGGCGCUGGACCGGGCGCUCCAGCAGCUGCGCGAGGCGGAGCAGCGUGCGGCCUCGGCCGAGGCGAAGAGCAAGGCGGCGGAGGCCGCCGACGCGGGGCUGAGGUCGCAGGUGCGAGAGCUGCGCAAGGACCUCUCGCGCGCCGAGGAGGCCGCGGUCGCUUUGCGGCAGGCGGGGUCCCGGGCCACCCAGAGGCUGCAGGAGGCGGCACUGAAGGAGAGGGAGCUGGAGAUGCGCCUGGCCAGCAUCAGCGGCAUGGACGGCACUGGGCGUCUCAUCAGGGUCGUCCUGUGCUCCGUCAGCCUGGUCGCAAAGGUGGUCACGUGCUCUCCCUGCCGGGGCGUCCGGGAGGCCCGCUACUUCCGUCAGGAAGACGACGGCUUCGACGAGGGCAUGCCGAUGCGCUCCGCCGACUCGAGCUCGAGGCCCGCGCCGGAGCUGAUAGGGGCGUCACCAGCAGAGAGGCCCGACGCGGAGCGGCAGAAUCUCGUGUAGGAGUCAGGAGGCCCGAUCCGGCUUCUAGUGUCGCGAAGGCCGGAAGUAGGAUGGCGGCGAGCCCCGCUCGGGACUUUGGCCGCCCCUCCUGCGCGCUCGCUGUCGGGGCGAUUGCAGUUGUGGACCCGAUGCUGCGGAGCCGCCAUCAAAAUCGGGAUCCCCACUGCGGUGCGAUGCAGGACCAUAUAGCAUGUCUCGGUCAUGCAUGGAAGCGUCGCCAUCCAGCUGCCCUGCUGCGCAUGUCCGCCACGGCGCCUUGGGGGAAGCCUCGCAGCAGCACCUUGCUUGGCGUGGCGCGGCGGUGGCGCCGAGGUCCGCCCCGCGGCACCCGGCUGAGCAUGGGGCGCUGGGGACGCAUUGGGUUUGCGCCUGGGGCAUGCUUGGCAGCUGCCUGGCCUUGCGUGGGCGACGCGGGG